GCCACGCCCUCCAGCUCAAGACUGGCGAGAAUGGCGAGAGACGACCCCACCACCCCCCUCAACAUUGACCUGCCUUAUCCUCGUGCCAGUUAUGCGUUGUGUCAGUGCUUGUUUCUCUGGCGGGUGGUCCCUUGCACCCCAGGUUUCGACAGAGCCCGUCUCGCUUCCGCUUCCUCUGCGACCACGCCCCCUCCCUCUCCCUGGGGUUUUUUGUGUUUUUUGACGUCUCACCAGGGCAGGUCAGCAGGCCGCUCUGGAGCCGCGCCGUGCCAUGUACUUUUACGUCAUUGGAUCGAGGGGCCAUGUCGUGUCUCUGGCGCGCGACAGGCCAAGAGUCGGCACCAAGACGCCAGGCCGGUCGCCGCUUGUUAGGUAA